AUCCGCUAAGAAGACAACACAAUGACUGAUCCAAACUCAUCUUCAUUCAUGCUUGACUUUGGCUCUGUUUACGAAGAACUCAACAUUACUUAUGGCCUUUAUAAUGACUCGGAUUUCAUACCAAAUCGGGCCACGCAGCCCUGCAACAGCUUAAUCCUACCAAAGGUUGUGAUGCUGGCGGUCUGCUCAUUCUACAUCCUCAUCUUCCUGCUGGCAAUUCCCGGGAAUCUGGUGGUGGGACUAGUGAUAAGCUUGAGCAAGAAGUCGCUGCCUCCCUCUGACCUUUACCUUUUCAAUCUGGCAGUUGCCGACAUCCUGCUGGCUGUUACCCUCCCGUUCUGGGCCACCUCCGUUACACGAGGCUGGGUGUUUGGAGAUGCUAUAUGCAAAAUUGUCACUGUCCUCCAAGAGCUGAGCUUCUACUCAAGUAUUCUGUUCUUGACUUGCAUCAGUGUGGACCGUUACACUGUGAUUGUGAGGGCAAUGGAGACCCGCAAGGCUAAUCGACAGCUGUUCAGCUGGGGAGUCUGCAUUGCUGUUUGGGCUGUUGGAGCAUUUCUGUCUCUGCCAGGGUUCUUUAGCUCUUCUUUUACUUCUCAAAACUCCAGUCAACUCGUGUGUGCUGAAAAAUACAAUCCAGACAGCGCUGAUGAUUGGCGGCUGGCCACCAGAAUUCUUCGUCAUGCUAUGGGUUUUGUCAUCCCCUUGGCCAUCAUGCUGCCAUGUUACGGCAUAACCAUCCGGCGCCUCCUUCACAUUCGUGGAGGGUUUCAGAAGCAACGAGCAAUGAGAGUGAUCAUUUUUGUGGUUGUUGCCUUUCUUCUUUGCUGGACACCAUAUCACAUCGCAGUGAUGGCAGACACAUUUUUCAGGGCAAAGAUUGUACACUACGAGUGCCAUGGCCGGAUGGUAGUAGAUCAGGCCAUGCUCGCUACCCAGAGUUUGGGCCUGCUUCACAGCUGUGUAAACCCAAUCGUGUACGCGUUUGUGGGAGAAAAAUUCAGGAGGAGGCUGUUGCAGAUAAUGACAAAGAUUGGCAUUCUGGAGAGACCAUCAGUUACAAGAAGCAGCAGGUCUUCACUGUCAUCAGAAAUAACAUCUACAUUUAUGUAAAGUGACAUUUGUUCAGUUAAACUGCUGUAGUUACUGCUUGAUGUCAAGUGUUGGACUAAUAGAGUAAGUCUUAAUGCUUCUUAACAUGGGUUGACUUCAGCCAAUUACUUGUGUUUAUUAUUUGUAAAUACUUUUCCACUUUUUUCCAUAGUUUUUAUCUUUCUUGACUUUAAUCUGUAUGCAUAUAAAAAAAAGGCUUUUUAAAAGUUAAGCUAUACAUAUUUUGUUUAUCCCCUUUUUUUUGUCAUGAGUAGCUGUUAAAGUCCUCUGUCUUUUGGAAACUGAAAAUCACAAAUAUCAAAAUUCAGUGUCAACUGUGAAAAUACUUCAUAACAAAAACUGCUACAACUCUGCUAAUAAAAACCAUUAGAUGUAGAUGAAAAUUAUGGGUGAAACAGUGACUUACAAUUCAGUGUUAGAUGGUGCAAUAUAUGGGCUGUGAGCUUUUUUUUUUUGUAGUAUAAAAUAUCAAAUGACUGUGUAGGAUUCAAAUAUAAUUUUUUUUUUAGUUUUGUAUUUUUGUAAAAUUUUAAGCCUUGUGUUUAUGUUUUCCUGCCUAAACAUUUGCAUUGACUGUGUAAUAGAAAUCAUGAUUAAAAUUUAGAAAAAUCAAUUCUCUUCUCAUUUUAUGGUCACACAACAACCACUGUCACUUGAUAGUCCCGCUGAUAAAAAGUCAUGCUUUGUUGAGAAAAUGGUCACAACCUCGCAGUCACUUUUGCACAAAAACACAAAAAACAGAAGUUGUGACCAUAGAAGUAAUCUUACAGCACAGGUCAAAAGGCAACUUUUUUCUCCAUCUUGAUUACAAAAUGAUCUAUGCAGUAGAAGAAACAUAUUUAGUCUAUAACCACUUAAUAUAAAUCUAUUUAAUAGAAUUUCUAAAAGCAUUACAAUUUUGACUGAAUUAAUAGAGUUCCUGUGUAACAUGGAGAUUGAAUAAUUUGUCAUUUAAUAAUCAAUGAAUAUUCCAAAACAUGAAAGUAAUUCCUCUUUAUUUUUGUG